ACGGACAAGGUUGGCGGGCCUGGGUAUAAGAGUUUAACAGUGCGGACUAGCCAGUCCGUAGUGAAGAAACCUGGAGAGACAGGCAGAAUGACUCCUGUAGCAGUCUUUGUGAUCUUGGCGGCUGCCAUCUUCCACAUUGAAGCAGCGCCUGUGGAGAAAGGCGGUCAUGGAGACGCCUACCCCAACUGCCCGCUCAUGGUGAAGGUUCUGGAUGCGGUCCAGGGCACUCCAGCGUUCGAGGUGAAGGUCACAGUCUCCAGACAGGAAACGGCCGGCUCCUGGACCAAAGUGACUUCUGGGGUUACCGGCUUAGCAGGGGAAGUCAUGGAUCUAAUCAAAGAGGAGGAUUUUACCGCAGGAAUUUACAAGGUGGCCUUCGAUACCAAAGCGUACUGGAAAGCCAAGGGCAUUACUCCCUUCCACGAAAUGGCUGACGUGGUCUUCACGGCGCACGCGGACGGACACCGCCACUACACCGUGGCGAUCCUCCUGAGCCCCUUCUCCUACACGGCUACCGCCGUCGUCGCCAACGUGCACAACUGAGCCACGCCUUCACCCGGCAACCCUCGAGAAGGGUCUCCAAUGCUGGUCUAAUCAGAGAAGAGGAUUUUGCAUCAGGAGCUUUGAAAGUGCCUUUGAUACCAUGGAGCCUUUUUUUGUUGAUUGCUUUGUUUUUUUUUUUGCCAAGCUGAUCAAAACAAAUUAUUGAAAGAAAAUAAAACAAGAAUCAUUCAAUGAGGGAAGAGGGGGAAUUCUGCUUUGCUAAUAUUUGUGCAUUUAUUUUCAUACAAGACAAUGAUAAAAAAUAUACAAAUAUCCUAUGGACAUAAAUCAGAAGAUGGAUAGCUUACAUGAAAGUCCAUUUGUAUUGGAGUGACUCUGCUGUUUUCAAGUUGUAAUUCUCAGUUUGGAUCUGGGUGGGGCAGUCACAUGACUAAUAAACUAGCCAGGAAAGUGAUGUUGAUCAUUUAA